CACCAGUUUGAAGGGAAAAAGAAGAAGAGAAAAGUCCUCGUCUCUUUCCUCUUCAUUUCCUCCUCUUUUCCUCGCCCCCCUGCAGAAGUCUCCGAUUUCUCGAAACCAAAGACGAGUAAUAGGACGAUAAACGACACCGUUUCAAUCAACCCAAGCCACACCCAUGACUCGUCGUGAUCGUCACGGCCUCCCUCUCCAUCAUUAACCUCUUCUCCUCCUCCCAUAUCUGCUCACCACAGCUCAGCUCUUGAAUCUUACUUUUGUAUUGAGAAAGCGAUUGUUUCAAUCGGUGAUUCGAAAAAGUCAUGAGGCCCAAUAAUCAUAUGAACCACCAGAUGCCGCCGCCGCCGGCCGGAGGUGUAGCUCAAGCGAGAAAGGACCCGGCGGCGGGGAAGGGCCGACGUCGUGUGGACCUGAGCCUACCGAUGCCGAAGCGGGACACGUCGCUGGCGGUGCCUUUGCCUCUGCCGCCGGGGCCGAGCUCGGCGCCGUCCGGCUCCGACGCCGUGAUGAUCAGCUUCGCCGACCUGGAUCGGGCCAACCGGAUUGGGAGCGGCGCCGGCGGCACGGUCUAUAAGGUGAUCCACAAGCCGACGGGACGUCUCUACGCGCUGAAAGUGAUCUACGGCAACCACGACGAGGCGGUGAGGCACCAGAUCUGCCGCGAGAUCCAAAUCCUCAGGGACGUCGAUAACCCUAACGUCGUCAAGUGCCACGACAUGUUUGACCACAACGGCGAGAUCCAGGUCCUUCUGGAGUACAUGGACGGCGGCUCUUUAGAGGGUAAGCACAUCUCAAACGAGAAAGAUCUCUCCGAUUUAGCGCGGCAGAUCCUCACCGGCUUGGCCUACCUCCACAGACGGAAAAUCGUCCACCGUGAUAUCAAGCCUUCCAAUCUCUUGAUCAACGCCAGGAACCAGGUCAAGAUCGCCGAUUUCGGAGUCAGCCGGAUUCUGGCGCAGACUAUGGACCCGUGCAACUCCUCUGUAGGGACCAUAGCCUACAUGAGCCCGGAGAGGAUCAACACCGAUCUUAAUCAGGGCAAGUACGACGGCUACGCCGGCGAUAUUUGGUCUCUUGGGGUCAGCAUCUUGGAGUUUUACAUGGGCCGGUUUCCGUUCAAUGUGGGCCGGACUCAGGGAGACUGGGCCAGCUUAAUGUGGGCCAUUUGUAUGUCGCAGCCGCCGGAGGCUCCGCCGACGGCGUCCCGGGAGUUUCGGAAUUUCAUUGCUUGCUGUCUGCAGAGGGAGCCCAACAGGAGAAUGCCGGCGGCGCAGUUGCUGCGGCACCCGUUUAUCUCAGGGAACGGCGGCGGGCCGGAGAAGGUUCAUCAGAAUCUGCACACUCUUCUGCCACCGCCGCGCCCGCUUCCUUCUUAGCUACUACUUUCUUCUAUCUUGAUGAUGAUGGUUUUACUUGGUUAAUUUUCUGUCUUUCCUCUUUUUGAUGAUAAUGAUAAUGAUGAAAUAUGAUUUCGUGUUUAAGGAAGAUGAUUAUAAUGAGGAGUUGGGGAUAUUGAAUGAUUUGAGGAGGAAUUGGGGAAAUGAGGGUGCAAUUGUUUUAAGCUUUACUUCUACUUUUGUUAAUCACUUACUCAGCUCAAUCAUUCUGUCAUUGAUAUCCAGAAAUGGGAAAUUGCCUUUGGGGGGACU